UCACAAAAUUUCUUUGGCAACGGCAGUCCUGAUGACCGAUUUAAAAAUCGCACUAAACGUAAACAAAUUUGGCAUCUGAUUAUACAACUUUUACUUUAUUUAAUUAAUACUGCUGAUUAAUAUUUUUCCGUAAGAUUAAACUAAUUCUGGGUGCCUUUUGAGAAAUCGUCGGUUAAUUUUAGAACUUUUUUGGUGAAAAAUAUGAGUAACUUCAACAUUUUUGUAACUUAUGGAGAUCACACAAAGCUGUUCUCCUGCUCAUCUAGAAGAGAAUUUGGAUCAAAAGUGGCACGGUUUUUUGGCUUAGAUCGCUCUGAGAUGCAGCUGCUUGAAGUCAGUAGAGGUUCUCGAAAUCCCAUAACAAUAAACGAUUUAAAAGACAAAAUGAAGUUGGAAUUAAGAAAAAAUGGUAUUAAAUCAACUUCUGAAACUAAUGGAGAAAGGCCAGAAAGAACAAGAUUUGAGUCAGUCAAUAUCCCUGAUGUAGCUGAACAGUUAACAGAUCAAGAUCCAGUCAAAGUCCCUGAUAUAGUAGAAUUAAAACGAAAGCUAACAGAAAAUAGGGUGUUGUCUGGUCCAGAAAGGAAAUUUCUGCUUCAUGUGGUUGAUGAAUUUUCAGACAGCAUAGCUUCGACAAGUCGUAAGCGAAAAAGAGGGCCCGAAGAAGCUGUAGAAAAGGUAAACAAAAAACUCCAAGCUACACCUCAGAUAACUUCUACCUACACCCAAACAGAUCAGGGGAUAUUCAAUAACCCACCUGAACCAUCAACUAGUAAAGACUUGAUUACCGAAAGUAAGCGUUUAGCACGUUCAGAAAAAAAAGAUGCCGUAAAAGUUCGUUCAUUGAUGGAUAAAACAUUUGAGGAAAGGAGGCAUUUCAUUCUACUUAAAAAUCCUAUUCUACACCUGGUCAAAGAAAAAUAUCCCUUAUUGUUUUCAACAGACGAGGUUAUCAAUGAACUCAAUCGUAUCUUUUACGAUAAGAAAGCUGAAGAAUUUUUGUCUAACAUUAAAAAGUACAGCACAACGAUAAUAAAUCUUGUCGAGGAAAAUCAUCCUUUAGCAAAAACUAUUAAGGAGGCAAAUGAUAAAGCAAGUACAGUUAGUCAAAAGAGUUAUGCACGACAAGUAGGAUCUUUACUUGCAAUUUCUAAUGUUGUGAGAGAGCGACGAACUUUUCUGCAUACUGAGGACGAACCUUGUGAAAAAAAUAACUACCCUCGCAUUGAAGCUCCCUGUGAAGUGUCUGAAAUAUUUGAAGACGUAAUUACUUACAAAAUUAUUGUUGAAGGACUCAUACUUUGUGAGGCUUCUAACUUUCCUGAGGCAAUUCUCUGUUUACUCUCUUCCUAUUUCAUCUUUAACAUUUCAUAUCCUGAACAAUCAUUUAACACAUUUGUGCUCAUGGAAAAAAUAUUUUUGGAUGCAAAUGAUACUGACGUGAACGAUGUUGAUGAAGAUACAAAUCAAUUCAUCAGGUAUAUUAAACUGAAAACGAAUCAAAAGAGUUAGGUGUUUUUUAUGAGGAUAACGAAUCACUUUUUUUUUUAUUUGUCUCUUCCAUUGUGCCAUUGUUAUGUCAUUAUCUCAGGCAUCAUAAACAUUUCUUAUUUUUAAUCAGAUUAUUUGAAUAGUUUUACAUUGUCCAAAUAUUUAAUUGAGUGUUGUAUUGUGUUUCCCCUCUUAAAGUUUUAAAAUUAAACUUUUGAUUGUAAUACAAAUAUAAAAGAGAAACUGUUUUUUUUUUUUUUUUUUUUUUUUUUUUUUUUUUAUUUAACUGAUUCUUUUCUAUUGUACCAAAAACAAAUCACUAUAGUUAUUUAUGGGGGAAAUGUAUAACUUUUUUAUUUGAUACUACCAAAUAAAAAAGUUAUACAUUCGAGUAGUAUUAUGCGUAAAGUAUCCUUCAUAAAAAAUAGAUUUUCUAUAUUAUUUCAUACACCAUAAACAUUACUUAUUUUUAAUGAGAUUAUUUGAAUAAGUCUUAAAGUAGAAUUUUCUUCUAACUCCAAUUAAUUCCUUCUUUGAGAAAGUUAACUGCAUAUUGAUAAUUGUAACCUUCAUUUAUUGUUUAAAAAAAAUUAAACUUGCUCAUUAUCAAGUGUAUUAUUUUCAAUUUUAAUUUUAUUAUUUAAAAUCAUAUCUGUUUUGAUUGAAGGAUAUUUCUACAGACUACCGCUUCAUAAAAUCCAUAGUUGAGGCUGAAUAUUUGAUAACAUAUUUUAGUACAGCUGUCUAUUUCCUAAUUUUUGCUCUGUUGUCUUGCUUGAUUUUUGUUAACUUGCUUCUCAUUUUCCAUAAUCAGCUAUUUCUAUGCAUUUAUUGAGUGAAUGGAAAUUUCAAUUUGAAAUCAGUCUGUUGUGUUUUUUCAUUCAUUUUUUCAUUCAGAAAUAUUUUUCCUAAGUACAAAACUAUGUAAUUAAUGUAAUAAAUAUUUGUGCGUGUGAGAUGCAUUAUGAACUGUAAGCUAUGUUUGCACAAACUUUUUCUGAUAGCAGACCACAGAAACUAUAAAAAAAGUGCAAUGUUGAUUGCCAACAUGAGUAACGUAUAACUGUACUUGUAAAAUAGCCAUAAAUAAAACUUGUAAAAAGAAAUUGUUUUCAUAAAAGUUCAAAGUUGCAUUGAGUGAAUAAAUAAAUAAAAACCCAGGAUGACAAGUUAAAAAAAAAAUUAAUUAAAACAAAUUAAUUUUCUUUUUUCCAAGGUGGAAAAAAAAUUGCUUAUUUUUUUCUUUUCAGUCAUGUGAUUCUUUCUCUAAUUCAUGAAAUUAUUCAUAUCUCGAGACAGUUGAUUUGUGGACUUCUGUAAAUCAAUAAUUCUUAUUCUGACUAUGUCGGCAUUCCGAUGAUCUAAAAUUUAAGUUUUGUUACUCAGACAGAAUCUCGUUAGCGAGACAUCUAUUCCUCUUUUCAUUCUCCUGAGAUCUUAUUCACAAGCUAUGACUUUUUUUUACGCAAAUUUGUUAUAGGAAAACGCAAUUGCUGAGCAAACUACUGAGGCAAACUCAAAAGUAUAAAAUUGAUUAUCUAAGAAGUAAUUGUGAAUAUCCAAAUAUCUUUCACUAGAAAAAAAGGGUGUUUUUUCUCUUUUUUUUUCUAAACUUUUAUUUUAGUAAGUAGCAAUUUUAUUGAAAAUUCCGUCUCUCAACUACAUAAUUAUUUAAUAAAUUUGUGUCAAGGAAAUUGUGAACCUCUAUUUUCUGUAAUCACCCAAUAUGAUGGUAAAUCCGUGUUCGAUUUUUUUUUCCUUGUGCGGUUAAUGCAAUUAAUUUUCUCACAUUUUGUUAAAAAAUUCUAAUAUUGUUACGGCAUACAAAAUUUAAAUCUCGCAGUUGAGUAAUCACUUUUUGAUGUGUACAAUUCGUGUCGAGACGCUAAGUGCUAAGUUUCCAUCGUUAUUGCUACAAAUUUUCUCAAUAUAUUUUUAAAACUCCUCAAUUUUUUAUGCAUUAUUAUUGCACUCAAAAUUUCAUUUGUGUAUUUAUUAGUCACUUUUUCGUCAACAUUUUAUUAGUUAUUGCUCAUAUCCACAUGGUUAUUCCGAUAUUUUCAUACUAAAAUAUAAAGAAACUGGAAAUUGUAAUUGCAAAAUUCAAUGAAUGCUUUUUUUCGCAGUUAUCAUUCUUGUUAUAAUCCUGAUAUUAUGAUAGGUGAAAUUCAAUUCACUAUUUGAUUUGGUAAUUAUAUUGUUCAGUCAAUUUUUUGGUAAUUAACCCCUGGUUUUUUAAAUACUCUGUAUUUCUAAUAUGAUAUUAUUUAUUGCAUCACAGGAAUCUUGAAAGGUACGGUUAAUUAACAUCUUUCUUCUUUUAUCAUUUAUUGAUGUGAAUUUCAGGACCUUUAAUUUUCUUUUUAAACGCCAUGACUACUCCCAAACCUCGAAAUUUGUAAAAUAUGUUAUUUUUUUCAAUAUAUUUUUUUUUAAUUCUUUGCUGUGUUUAUGAGGGGAAAAAAUUUAUUCGAUAAAAAAAUAAUUAUUUUUUAAAUUUUAUAAAUGUUACUUUUGUGCAUAAAAAUUACAUCUCUCUUUUUUUUAUCUUUCGUACAAAAAGAAAAAAAAUACACAUUUUAAAAAAAGAAUUCAGAUAAUUUCUCCCAACAAUCACAUGACAGAUUUUUAAGUAGCUUAUAUAUUUUUAACAUCUAAACUUGUUCCGGGACUAAGGUACACACUUAAGGGGCCAGUUUCAGCCUGUGAACCAUAGAUUGUGCAACCGUCUUAUAAACAAUAAUCCUUUUGAUAGCAUAAAGGCAUAUUUGUACUUUACUGAACUUAUUUCAUGUUCUGUUCAUAAUUUUUUCAUAAUGUUAUGUUUAUCAUGUUCAUCAUGUUUAUUCAUAAUUUUUUCUUGUUAAAGACUAUUAUAAUUAUGUAUUUUAAGCUAAUACAAUUUUGUUAAAUUGUAAUUGUUGCUUAUUUGCUCAAAUAAAACUUAUAUUAAGUUGUAGUUUUUAAAUUGUGUGCAUCACAACACAUUAAUAAUUAUAUAAGUUUCAAAUAUUUUCUCUUUGACAAAAUUGAAAUGUUUUUUAGUUUUGAAUUUCAUAUGUUGCAACCAAUGUGGAAUUUCAUCCUUGUAUAAAUUUCUAUACAAGAAUAAAAUAUCCAUUUUUUCUUCCAAUUUUGGAAUUAUAUUUGUUAUUAAUUCUGUCAUAGUUGUUUUAUACUGUGCAAUUUUUAUCUCUUAUUAUUGUUCCAAUAUUAUAUAAGUAUUGUAUUUUUAUCAUUCUAAAAAAUUGCAUGUGUUGUGUUAAUGAGUAAGUCUCAUUUUACUUUUUGUUACAUUUGUAUCAUCUUAUUUGUAUGUACAGUACAGUAAAAAAUAAACAGCUACCAAAAUAAAAUUUGAUCUAAUGAUCGGA